GCAGAACAGAAGAGCAUGGGGCUUUUCUCUGGAACACUGAAGCAAUGCUGCAGGUUCUGGUCAUUGUUCUGCUUCAGGCAGUGUUUGUUUUUGGGUGCGGUUCACCUGCUGUAAAGCCUGACACCAGCAGGGUUGUGAAUGGAGAGGAUGCUCGUCCCCAUAGCUGGCCUUGGCAGAUUUCCCUGCAAGUAAAACACGGCAGCCGCUUCCAUCACACAUGUGGAGGAACUCUGGUCGCACCCCGCUGGGUGCUGACUGCUGGACACUGCAUCUGGCCCGGAGAUGUGUACCGUGUGGUUUUAGGGGAGCAUGACAUGAGCCUACAGGAGGGCUCGGAGCAGAUCCGGGAUGUCCUGCGCAUCGUUGUCCACCCUGGGUGGGACAUCGACCAUGUGGCCGAUGGCAACGAUCUCGCCCUGCUGAAACUGGAUAAGAGCCCCAUAAUGAACGACGGCGUUGGCGUGGCUUGUCUUCCUGCGGCAGGAGAGAUCCUCGCCCAUGGGACCGCCUGUUACAUCUCUGGCUGGGGCAACCUUUACACCCAUGGCCCCAUGCCUGACAAACUGCAGCAGGCCUUGCUUCCCGUGGUGGAGCACAGCAUGUGUAGCCGCAGUGACUGGUGGGGCCACACGGUGAAGAGCACCAUGGUGUGCGCCGGAGGAGAUGUCAUUUCUGCAUGCAACGGGGACUCCGGGGGUCCUCUGAACUGCCUGGGUCAGGACGGUAGGUGGUACAUUCAGGGCGUAACCAGCUUCGUGUCUUCCGCCGUGUGCAACGAAGUGAAGAAACCCACCGUCUUCACUCGCACCUCUGCCUUCACCGAGUGGCUGAAUGAGGUGAUCCAGAACUAUUGAGGGUCUUCUGGGAGUCAUCCAUAACAACUGUGUCCGAAGAAGCAAAGUUAUGGAUGAGCUUGAAAACCUAACAAAACGUACAAAAUCUUAAAAUAAAAUAAAAACUAAAUGAUAGUGAAGGCA